UAGACGAAAAAUAAAAUAAAAGACGUAACACAAGAUUCAUCUCUUCAUACUAAAUAAAAAUGACAACAAAGGACGAAUCAUUAGCAAUUGAAACUACAAAUCUUACUUAUAAGUUUGGUACCAGUGAGAAGAUUGGCCUUGAAAAAAUCAAUUUACAAAUUCCAUGGGGUACUACGAAUUUACUUGUUGGACCAAAUGGUGCAGGUAAAUCAACCUUAUUAAAGAUUCUUGCUGGGAAAACGUUAAUUAAAGAAGGAUCCUUAAAGAUUGGAGGCUUCGAUCCAUUCAAGUUCUCGAUUAAUCGUAAUGAGCAACACAAUUCCGACAUCAAUAAUCAAAUCACAUAUUUAGGAACUGAAUGGGCUGCGAAUCCAGUGGUUAAACGAGAUAUUCCAGUCAAAUUGUUAGUUUCAUCCAUUGGAGGAGAAACCUAUCCUGAGAGAAGAGAUGAACUUAUUCUGAUUAUGGACUUGGAUCCGGAUUGGUCCAUGGCGUACAUUUCUGAUGGUGAACGUAGAAGAGUCCAGUUGGUCAUGGGAUUGUUAAAACCAUGGCGUUUACUCUUGUUAGAUGAAGUGACAGUUGAUUUGGACGUUAUAGUCAGAUCUAAGUUACUUAAUUUUUUGAAGUCUGAAUGUCAAACUAGAAACUGUUGUGUCAUCUAUGCUACACAUAUUUUUGAUGGGUUAGGUAAAAAUUGGUGUGAUAGAAUCAUUCAUCUUAAUAGUGGUAGAAAGACUGAUGAUGUUGAUGUUGGAAAUAUUUCAUUUGUUCACAAUGAAAAUGGUAAAGAUGUAGAGAUAUCUGAAGAGGAAAAGAGAUAUCAAAUCAAAUUGGCAGAAUCAUUACAUCCACUUGCCUUACAUUGGUUAAGAGCAGAUUUAGAAGAGAGAGGAUCUCGUGAAGAGGAAAAGGAAAUGAUGGCACGUAGACAUAAUGAUUGGAACAAUGAAAGAGAUGGUAAAUAUUUUGAUGGGGACGCGAGCACUUUGAUGAAUUAUUUCAAGGCUACUAGAAGUUAUGAAACUAGAGAAUAAACAAUACAGAUAGUAUAAAUAUGU